GCCACACCGCGAGCGCCUCGCCGGCCUCCUCCCGUGGCAUCUUCGUCGCCCCCACUCCUCGCCCUGCUGCGCCCGGCGUCGACUCGCCAUGGCCUCGCCGCUCCCAGCCGCGCCCCGCUGCUGUCGCGCCCACCCGUGCCCGUCCUCAACUCGCCAUGGCCUCGCCUCGCCGUGCUCAGCUGCGCCCGGCCGCGUCCAUCCUCGAUUCGCCUUGCCCCAGCCGCGCCCGACCCCACCGCGACUGGCCGGCACUCGCCGCACCCACGCUGCCGCCCCUGCGCUCCUGAGUCCUGAUCGGCGACGAGCCACAAGCAGCCGCAGCUGGCCGCGAGGGUGCGUGCAGGUGCUGUUGCCGCGCGCAUGCGCUAACUAGGUGCAGUUGGCCGUGCAUGCAUGCAAUGCUGCCCGCCGCGGGCGUGCUAGCUAGCUAGCUAGCCGCCGCCGCUGGCCGUGCAUGCAUGCUGGUGCUACCGCGCCCGGUUGCUAGCUAGCUAGCUAGCCGCGGCCAGCCGCACGCGGCACUCGGAGCACAGGCGGGCGUGAUCCGAAGCGUGCAACAUGGAGCACAUGCAGGCGCGGGGACGGAGUGAGCUGCGGGGCGGAGGGUGGGGCUUGCGCGGCGAGCGGCGGCCGGGAGCUCGCGAGCGAGGCGGCGGCGGCGAGCUCGCGGGAGCGGUGCGAGUUGGCGUGGGAGCACGCCCACCAGGUGUUCGAUUGAAUGCCGACGCGGACAUGCAAAAAAUACGCCUGCCUCCCGUUGGACGCAUCAGCCGACUUAAACGAAAAAAUGGACGCGGACACGCAGACAGGCGACCCAUACAGACAGGCGACCCAUACGGAUAAAAUCGGUGUUCGUUUGGGUCUUUCAUUGGAGUUGCUCUCACUACGAAUACUACUAAUAGUAACAAUUUGAAGUAGGUGAUUGAAAUGACCAGUGCAAACAUUCCAUAGUAUUGAGAAGGCGUUUGCAUACCAAUCAAACCUUUUUUAAACCUCGCUUUAGAGGAGAUUUUCCUUUUCAUUUGGCGAGCAGCUAGAGAGAAGAUAGGGUCACAUCGCAUCAGCUGUCGCUCUCAUCGCUACCGCCGUCAUUUCAGCCAAAAAUUAAGAGCACCAAGCAACGCCUUUGCAAAAACGGCCAAAGCUUCUCCGUCCGUCCCCGCGUUCCUUCACAGUGGCAAUUCGCCCCUUUCCCCGGAACUUCUCCUAGCCCCAGCAGCGUCGCCGGCGGCGGCCAUGCCUGAAUUUGUGUACGCCAACCUGUCUUGCAUUCCGAAUCUCGAUUGCGCCUCGGCCCCGCCGCCGCGCCCUUUGUGCGCCUCCGCGGCGGCCUACCUUGCCCUCCACCUCGCCGCGCCGGUGGCCUUCGUCGUCGUCUGGUGGCUCUGGAGGAAUCUCGUGCCUCUGGAGGGGUUCGCGGGUGGUGGAGACGGCCGCCGCCUCCCGGAGCAGCAGCCGCCCCGCACCCACACCUUGGUGGAAGCGGACAAGGUCGCAGUCGCCGCCGCCGCCGCCCGCGGCUUCUUCGAACAGGAAGGCAACACCCGUCCAAUCCUCCUCCGUCGCAGGGCGCCCCACGCCGGCGCCGACGGGUACUUCCGGUACCCGCAAAUCCACUGCCUCGAAGCAGUUCCUCAAGUCCGCCUCAUCGAUGCCGAAUUCAUGGAGGAGAUGACGCGGGGGCGGCGUCACGCCGUCGGCAUGCUCAGGCAAGCCGCGAUCCACUACCACGACCCCAUCCGCAGAUUGUCCAAUCUCGAUGGAAACCCAUCAGUUUUCCAGGGAGAUCCUUGUGUGUUGGCCACAGAAUCAACUGAUAUUGUUAUCAAGCUAAAAGUUGCUACUGCACUUGUCUGCUUCAUAUGGCGAGAAUUGAAUGGGCAAAGUCAGCAAUUAUGUCAAGAAGUAAAAGAAGAGUGCUUUUCAUUGGUUGCUGGGCAAUCUGUUGAGAAGCUCCUUGAGGUAGCACGUUCAUUCAGCGAGGCAAGUUGGUGCGCUUGCCAUGUUAAGGAAGUGCUGACUACCGUUGACGCACUCGUUGAUGUCCUGUACAAUUUACAGGGCUUACCUUUGAACAGAUCUGGUGAGAUUGCUGUUAUGUCGUGUAAGAUGGUGGCUAAUUUAAGCGGAUUACUUGAUCAGGCUGCAAGUGGCAUCGAUAACAGUGAAGAAUCUACCAUUCAUCCAGCAACUGUUGUUUUCAAUCAAGUCCUGGAGUUUCUCGACAGCAACACAGAUAUGGUGCAGUUAAUACUUGCUACUGGAGAUUGCACCGUUGAUCCUUACUCUCACGUGUUUGAUUGCUGGGUAUCCAAGCUGGAGGAAGAUGCAAAAAAGAUGUGCCAAGCUGAAAAGGAUCGAGAAUACAUAAUCCUCUUGAAUAAUGCGUGUGAUGUUUGGCAGAUGAUGCGCCAUCCAGGAGCAUCCUUUUGGAAUGUAGAACUGGUGAGCAGGCUCAUUUGUAUGAUCCAGAGAUACAGAAGGGGCUACUUUGAGGAAUGUUGGGUUCCACUUGUGCUGUCAUUACUGAAGGAAGAUUAUCCGAAGAACCCGCGCAGUUCAUCCUUGGCUGAAUUUACUCAAGGAUUUGUCAGUAUCUGCCAACGCCAGAUGACCUGGAAGGUUGUACCUAGUCUUAAGUACGAACUGCGAGACGAGAUAAAGAAUCUAGUUGUUACACCAUACAAGGCCUUCCUGCAUGCACUGCAGGGGAAUCGGAGAGGACUUUCAUUGAAGCGAUUGAUGUCACGAAGGAGGAGUCAGAAUGAGUAUACUGCUGAGCAGUUGGAAAACAAGAUUGGUGAGUUUUUUGAAAGCUGAAAAGACACCUAAACUACAAUGCAUAGUUAUUUUACCUGUAUACUGUGUAUCACCCUUGGAUGGGUGUUUUUGUUGUUUUUGUGUGUAUGCCCCAUUAGGCGAUAGCGGCACAGGAAGUCUAUUCUCUAACAGAGACAAUGCUGAGUGUACACAACAUUGCGUUCGAAGAGUUCACGAAGUGCAUAUAAUAUCUUGAUUCUUCUUUGAUGUAUGUAUAUGUAUGUUCAGUUAUAUAGAAUUGUAACAGUACCCUACAUUGAGUAAACAGAAACUCACCAGUUCUGUUUCAGCUUC